AUGGAUAUAUUUUUAAGACCUUUGGUGGAUGAAUUAAAGGAGUUGUGGAAUAAUGGGGUAGCAACGAGAGAUAGUUCGACCAACUCGAUGUUCACCAUGCGUGCUGCGCUUUUGUGGACAGUGAAUGAUUUUCCUGCUCGUAGUAGCUUGUCUGGGUGGAGUGGUCAAGGUUGUAAAGCUUGCCCUACUUGUAAUGAAGACACGACGUCCAUUCGAGUGAUCGGGAAGACAUCAUAUGUUGGUCAUCGAAGGUUCUUGCCAAGUAACCAUGCAAUGAGAAGGGAUACUCGAUUUGAUGGUAAAGUUGAAAGAAGACCUCCUCCACGACGAUUUACUUGUGAAGAAAUAUUAUCACAAGUUAAUGCUCUCGAACCCCAAAUUCCCGGACAUCAUGAAAAUUUUGGGGGUGUGAAACGUAGAAGAGUUGCAGAAAACUGUAAUUGGAGGAAAAAAAGUAUUUUUUACGAGUUGGAGUAUUGGAGCACGAAUAUUUUAAAACACAACAUUGAUGUCAUGCAUGUUGAGAAGAAUGUGUGUGAUAGUCUCCUAGGAACCAUCUUGGAUAAUGAUAAAUCAAAGGACACAACCAAUGCGCGCCAUGAUUUAAAGAAGAUGGGUAUUAGGGAAUCGUUGUGGAUUUAUGAAGAUGGGAAUGGGAGGCUAAUGAAACCGCAUGCUCCUUAUGUUUUGACUCGUGAGAAAAGACAACUUUUUUGUCAGUUUGUUAAAGGAAUAAAGUUUCCCGAUGGCUUCUGUUCAAAUUUAAAGAGCAAAGUUUCGCCAGAUGAGUCUAACAUUAUUGGGUUAAAAUCCCACGAUUGUCAUGUCAUUAUGCAGCGAGUACUAGCGGUUGGUGUCCGUAAAUUUCUACCUCGUGACACUGCAACAACUAUUACUCAGCUGUGUAAUUUUUUUCGACAGUUAUGCUCUAGAACUCUAAACGUAAAAGAUAUGGAGGACGCUCAAAAUAAUUUAAUUCUGUUAUUGUGCAAGAUGGAAUUGAUUUUUCCCCCAGCUUUUUUUGACAUAAUGAUACACUUGGUAUUGCAUUUGCCUGAAGAAGCGAUAUUGGGUGGCCCGGUCUUUAUGAGAUGGAUGUAUCCUUUUGAAAGGUACAUGAAAAAAUUGAAGAAUUAUGUGGGAAAUAAGGCACGUCCUGAAGGGUCAAUUGCUGAAGGUUAUGUUGCUGAUGAGGCAGUAACCUUUUGUUCAAUGUACUUUAAAGGGUGUGAAACAAGAUUUAAUCGGCUUGAUCGAAAUGAAGAUGCGCCUUCUGUUUGUCGCUAUCUCUCAGUUUUUAAUUCUCAAUCUCGUCCUUUAACUAGCGGACUUAUCAAGCCUCUUGAUCAUACCAGUCGUGAAAAAGCUGAGUGGUACAUUCUUCAAAAUUCUCCUGAAAUCCAAGCUUACUUAGAUGAACAUUUGGACAAGAUCAGACAUGAAUAUCCUAAUGGUAAUCACGAUGUCUUGCAUAGGCAAACUUUCCGUCCGUGGUUUCACAAGAAGAUAUAUGAGUUGCACAAGCUUGGAACUUUACAAAAUGGUGAUGAGUUACUCGCUCUCGCUUCCGGGUUCGAUUACUUAGCAACAUUUUACGAAGGUUGUGUAGUGAAUGGUGUUCGGUUUAUUGCAUCAAAGCGAGACCAAAAGCGGAAGACACAAAAUAGUGGUGUUACUUAUUCUUUGCUGGAACUGAAGGUGUCAUUGUUUGAAUGUAAAUGGUAUAACACUAAUCCAUUAAGAAAGAAGACAAUUACUGAAAAUAAUAUAACUAGUAUAAAUACUCGUGGAUAUUGGUAUCAAGAUGAACCGUACAUCCUUGCUAACCAGGCGAAGCAAGUUUUCUAUCUUGAAGAUCCACUCAGAGGUCGCGAUUGGAAGGUUGUUGAAGAUAUUAGCCAUCGACAAAUUUGGGACAUUGCUGACAACGAAGAUGAGAUCGAUGUAGAUGUUUUAGUGGAUUCUGAGAUAGAGAAUAAUGAACUUGAUGAAAAUUAUGUUGCUGAAGAAGUAGAUGAUUUACUAGUUGAACAUGUAGAGGAUGAAAAUGUAAACUUAGUGAAUGAUGGAAAUGAUAGUGAUUCUUCAGUGUAA